ACAAUUAAAGCACCUCCUCUUCCUUCCUCCUCCUCCUCUCUCAAUCCCAAAAAUUUGUUCUUCCUCUUCUCCAAGCUUCUACUCUCCAUGCAUCUUCCUCCUCCAAUUCCUUGGCUCAUCAAUAUUGUUUAAUUUCUCUUUCCGUGAUACGACCUCAUCUACUUAAUUCAAUCCUUCUUCUCCCAUAGAGGAGCAUGCCUCAAUGUCCUCCCCAAGGGAGAAGGUCAAGAGGGAAGUUGAAGCCCCGAGCAUCCCCGACCGAGCUUUCAACGGCCGGCAGCUAGGCGCGGCCGGGACAAACCUCAACACCAUCACCCCCUGCGCCGCCUGCAAGCUCCUCCGCCGGCGGUGCGCGCAGGACUGCCCUUUCUCGCCUUACUUCUCCCCGCAAGAGCCCCAGAAGUUCGCCUCCGUCCACAGAGUCUUCGGCGCGAGCAACGUCUCCAAGAUGCUGAUGGAGGUGCCGGAGCCUCAGAGGGCGGACGCCGCCAACAGCCUCGUGUACGAGGCGAACCUGAGGCUGAGGGAUCCGAUCUACGGGUGCAUGGGGGCGAUCUCGGCGCUGCAGCAGCAGGUGCAGGCUCUAGAAGCAGAGCUCAAGGCGGUGAGAACAGAGAUCCUGAAGCAUAAAUAUAGGCAACAGGCCGCCGCCGCCGCCGCCGCUAACAAUGUUGUCGUCAUUCCGACGUCGGCCUUGCUCGGUCCGUCGCCGGACGUGGCUGCACCGCCUCCCGCUGUGCUUCCCCCGCCGGCCGUUCACCUCCUUGACGGUGUUUCUGGUUACCGUUCGAUUAAUUCUCCGAGCUCCAUUGCCAGAGACCACAAUCUUUCAUAUUUUGGUUGAUUUAAG